AUUGUUGACAUAUCUACUAGUAAUCUAAGAAAGUAAGAUGAUCUUUAAAAACCCUUUUUGCCCUUAAGUCUAAUUUUUUUUCGUUUUUGGUUGCUCCUUCAAUUGGGGGUAAAAUGGUAUUAUUUUGAUGAAAGUUCUCUCAUUCAUCUAAGCCAAAUUUUGCCUUAAUGACUAUUUCGCCCUUUGUUAUUAUGAAUACGAAUUCAAUGUUUAAGGGCAACAUCCUCACCAAUUUGGUCAUUUCCGGAUAUUGUUUCACAUUUUCCAACCAAAAUUUGAACCACAAAGUCAAGUUGUCCAAUCAGAACAGAUUUUUCUCCAAAAGAACACUCCUUCUCCCUCCACUUUCUCAAACGAAAAAAAUUUGGAAAGCAUUCUUCAUCCAAAAUCUCAAAAGCUCUAUUUUUCUUUCGUUCUUUGUAGACCUGUUCCGAUGGAGGGGAUUAAAAAGAAAUCAAAGCUUGGAUCUACUACCUUGGAGGUAGGAAAAAAGAAAACUCAGGUUUCUCAGAUUGAUGGAGGAUCUAAGAAAACUCAGGUUUCUCAGAUUGACGGAGGAUCUAAGAAAUCUCAGGUUGCUCAUAUUGACGGAGUAACUAAGAAAACUGAAAUUGGGGGUAAUGAUGGAGGAACUAAGGUGGAUGAUGUAAAUAAGAAAUCUCAGGUUACUCAGAGGGAGGAUGGAACUAAGGAAAAUAAUACUGCUGAAGCUGUAGAAAGUCAAGAGGCAUGCAAAGUUACAGAAAUGGAAGAAGGCUCUAAGGAAACAAAUUAUAUUGAGUAUGAUUAUGAUUCUAUUAAAGAUAUCACUAAGAAGAAAGAAAUUUGGAGACUAGGAGUGAUUUUGGAUGAUAUGUGGAUUGUGUCCAAAGGAGAAAAUGAUGUGACCUUGGAAAUGUUGCUAAGGGAUUUAAAGGGAUACACAAUCCAAGCUACUGUGAUGACUGACGACAUUGUAAAGUGGAAAGAUGAACUAACACCUGGAAAUACAUAUUAUAUGCGAAACUUUAAAGUCGGAGACAAUGAUGCACAGUAUAAAAUGACUCCCCACAAAUUUCGCUUAACAUUUGUUGGUGCAACAAGAGUUAAUGCAGUUGAAAUUCCUGGAAUUCCAAAAACACAUUUUUAUUUUAAGGACUUUGAAGAGAUAUCUAAUGGGAAGUUUCGCACUGAUAUGUUAGUUGAUACUAUAGGAGUUGUUAACUCUAUUGGGAAGACUGUUAUUGCCACUACAACAAGGAAAGCUAACAUUGCUUUUACCAUCAAAGAUCUACGUGAUAAGGAACUUGAUUGUACUUUGUGGGAUACUUUAUCUGAACAAUUUUUCAAUGGUUACAACCAACAAUCCAACAAUGGUCCUGUUGUCAUUAUUUUGCGACAUGUCCGAAUCAGGGAAGCUCAAGGACAAUAUCCACUGCAACUCACAAAUGUGUGGAAUGGAACCAAGAUUCUAUUUGAUCCAUCAAUUCCUGAAAUUGAAAAUUUCCGUCGCAGUUUGCCCAAUGACAACAUCUAUCCGUCUCAAAACAUUACUUUUUCAAAUUCUACACAAUUCUACACCCAAAGUUAUGGUGGAUCUCAAUACAAUUCUGAUGAAACCUUCAUGAAUCAUGCCCAUGUUCUUUCAUUGGGAGCUAUGAAAAAACUUAAAAAGGAGACAUAUUGUGUCACGGUUGUUACCACUUCACACAUUAGAGUUUCUAAUGGAGGUUGGUUUUUCUAUGGUUGUCAUGAUGGUGAGAACGACUGCUCUUUAAAAUGCGAGGGAAGUGAACUCCCAUUUGUAUGUCGAAAGUCACACUUCACAACUGAUCCUCUAAUCAAGUACAAGUUGGAUGUUGAAGUAUAUGAUGGUGAUGAUACAGCCAAGUUUGUUUUUUGGGACAGUACUCUUAACGAAUUGGUUGGCCUCAAUGCAAAGACUUUACUUGAUCACGAAAAGAAGAAUGGUUAUGGCGACCCACAAGAAUACCCUCGCCAUUUUGAUGCUCUCAUGGAACGCAAGUUUGCUAUUAGAGUCAAGUGGCAAGUUGGAUGGGGAGGAAUGGGAUCUGUUCUCAUGUGUAAGGAUAGUCCUGAAUUGAUUGCCAGAAUUCAGGAGCAGCUACCAAUUGCUGAGAGUUCAUGCAAGGACAUUCGGUCUAUUGAUUCUAUUGAGGAAGAACUUUGUGGAAUUUCUGAAUCACCUACAAUUCAGGUGUUUACACAAGAUGAUAUUGAUCAAUUUUCACGGCUAGAUGAUGGAAUUAUGUCAACUCCGAAUGUUUCUGGAUCAGCGGAGAACGAUAUCUCUCCUUCAUCACAAAAAACUCCUGCCAAAAGGACUGCAUCAAAGGAACAACCAGCUGAUUCUCUUAAUGUUGAUUCUCAGGCUUCAUCAACCAGAUCUGGCAAACUGAUUAAAAAGGAGAAAAUAUAACUUUAGUGGAUAUAAGAUUUGCAUGUUUUAAUAGUUUGUAGCGCUAAUUUUGGAAAAUAUCAUUUACGGCGUACUUAAUCAAACGUUGUUAGAGACUAUGCUUGACUUCUCAGCCAUUUUAGCAUUAACACAAUGCUAUUUUCUAUUUUGUUGGCUAUUCACCUCUUGACACCUAUUUGGUGGUUUAGUAUGUACAAAUUCGUUUCCACACUACCAAUCUUUUGACAAUGGUGUAUUUGAUGUUAUCGAACAACAUUAUAAUCCUGUAAACAUUAUGAAUUAUAGGAUUUAUUGUCAGUUAUA